GCGGCCAUCUCGGGCUGGGAGGAGCCGCGGCCGCCCGCGAGGGCGCGUCGCGGCUGGGACGACGCCGCGCCGCGGAGGUCCCGGACCCCGCCGCGCGACCGCGAGGCCGCCCGCGCCAGCCGCUGGGGCGACGACGGCGCCAGCCGCGCCCGGCGCGACGAGGGCGCGGGCGGCGACGGUCGCGAGGAGGGCGAGGCGGAGCGGGAGCCCGACCCCGAGCGCGUGGAGGCGGCCAAGAAGGUGGCGGAGGAGAUCAAGGACUCGCUGGCCAAGCGCUCGGACUUCGACCCGAAGGAUCUGUCCAAGCAGAUCGGCACCAAGCACAUGGGCGUGGCCAUCCACUGGAGCAACGCCCGCGGCUUCGGCAUCCUGAGGACCCAGGCACAUGGCGAGGUGUUUGUCCACGCCAAGUCCCUGACGAAUUGCACCGAGCUGGCCAUAGGAGACGUGGUUACGUUCGAGCUCGGCUACGACCGUAAGAGGCAGAAAGCAGAGGCCUUGAAUUGCCAGAAAGCGGGUGUCGGCGGCUACAAGGAGCCGGAGCACUUCCCGCGGAGCGCCUCCUCGGGCAUGGACGGCGACGCGCUGGCGGGCGCGGCGGAGGCUGCCGCGAAGAAGCUGAUGGGCGGGACCGCGCCCCAGCGCGCACGCGAGCGUCCGUCCGUCCGUCCGCGCCCCGGCGGCGCCCGCGCGGCCGCAAUGAAGCUGGAGGCCGUGCUGCUCCUGCUGGGCCUCGCCGCCGCCGCGGGCGCGGGGGCCGCGGCCGCAUCGAAGAAGAGGCCGAAGGUCCACCUGGACGUCGGCUUCACGGACUUUCAGAACAACCUGACCUCGCAGGUGGCGGCGCAGGUCAAGCAGGCCGCCGCCUCGGCGAGGUGGUCGCCCGCCCAGGGGGACGUCCUCGCCGCCAACGUCACGAAGGCGCUGGGCGACGGCCUGAGCGCGGCGCUCAAGCCGCUGAAGCUCAGCAUCGGCAAGACCUGGAUGGCCUUGCCCCAGGAUGCGCAAAAGGACGCCUACGUGUCGCAGCUCAAGUCCGCCUUUCUUCCCGUCUUCGCGUCCUCGGCCAGGACCGCCGAGAGCCACCUGCGCCUGAGCCUGGAGCGCCUCGCGGGCGGCGCGGGCGCGCGCGACGUGGCCGCCUGCGGGCGCGCCCUCGUCGACGGCCUGCUCGCCGAGCACUGCUACGACGCCUCGGUCGGCGGCGCGCCGGCCGCGGCCUCCGCGCACGCCGCGCCCCAGGGCAACGCCACCAAGAGGAGGUUUUGCAUCCAGUCGGUGGUGGACGGGCUCGCCCAUCGCCUGAACGACACGCAGGGCCUGCUCAGCAUGUCCAUGCGGUUCGAGGCGGGCGCGAUGUCGCUGGCGCAAAAGGCCAAGGCCAAGGCCGCUGCUCAGAAGUACUGAGAGUUCGCCUCUCCUGCUCGAAUCCUCCUCUCCCUCCUCCUUCGCCUCCCCCCCCUCCCUCCCCCCAGACCUCCGACGGUGUGGUCUUUUUCCGGCCGCGGCGUGGGUCCCUUCCCCUCGGGUUCCGGGGGCCGCCUUCUGCCUCCCGCGGGGCCGGGGCGGCAGCUCUGUGGCCGCGGAGCGACGAGAGAUCACAUCGGCGGACGCCUGCCGAGGCCUCCCAACCCCUCCCGGGGUCCAAGCGCGCGCUGCUUUUCCGGGCCGCUGCAUCCAGCCGCGACGACGAGGUGAGAUGGCCACUCGAGGGCCAAUUGCCGUUGUCUCAACUCGCCC